CAGCACGGUCCCGUCCGCAGAGCGCUGGGUCCACAGCAGCGGCAGCAACGUCCUCUGGACUCAGGACCCGGAGUGAGCGGCAGCUCCCCAUCCUGCUACCCACAGCACGGGCACGGGCAGGGGAGGACAACCACAACUUAAACCUGACUCAUUUUGUGGAUUUAAGGAACUUACACAGACCCCAACACGAAAACACACAUUCUCUUCCUCUUUGUCUUAUUUUUUUUAAAUGAGUAAGAUACUUUAAAUAUGGCUUCAUCCGUGAGCGGCACUGAGGAGGUCCGGGUGUCGGCGUUGACGCCCCUGAAGUUGGUGGGACUGGUGUGCGUCUUUCUCGCCCUGUGCCUGGAUGUCGGAGCCGUGUUGAGCCCGGCGUGGGUCACGGCAGAUGACCAGUACUACCUGUCCAUGUGGGUGUCCUGUUGGAAGCCCGUCAGCUCCGUGGAGUGGUCCUGCAACAGCACGCUGGCCACCGACUGGCAGAUUGCCACACUGGCCCUGCUGUUGGGGGGGGCGGCCCUCACCCUGCUCUCCUUCCUCGUGGCGCUGAUCUCCCUGUGCUUCAGCUCCAGGAGUCGUUGCUACAAGCCCGUGGCUGUCAUGCUGUUCUCUGCAGCGGUGCUCCAGGUGUGCAGCUUGGUCCUGUUCCCCAUCAAGUUCAUAGAGACGGUCAGUCUGAGGGUGUACCAUGAGUUUAACUGGGGCUACGGCCUGGCCUGGGGAUCCACCAUCUUCUCUUUUGGAGGAGCCAUCCUCUAUUGUCUCAACCCCAAGAACUAUGAAGACUACUACUAAAAUAUGUGAGACAACAAGAGAAACUGAGACUCUCUGUUUCACCCAGUGUCCUCUAAGUAAUAGGACCUUUCUGUCCGUUACACAGUGCACAACCACAGAAUAGAAAAAUAGGAAAAACAAACACUUAUUGUUAGUUUCAGGACUGGAAAAUGAGCUCUUCCAUUUGAUACUGUGAACUUAUUGUCUCAAACACUAUCCUUACUCAUUGGACCGAAGCCAGUGCUCUUAGAAGUUUUGGCAGCAUACUUGGCUGUGAAAAAGAAAUCCAAACCAGCUAGUUUAAUUUGGGAGAGAAUGCCACCACUCAGAUAAGUCUGUGUUCCCUUUAAGAGGAACUCCAGUAGGUCUUAGAUUUGGGCAGAAAAUCUGGAGGGAACAGAUGGAUUGACUGACCCCAUACCAGGACGAAUUGGUGGGCUAAUUAACCAAUCAGAGUAGAGAAGGCAAAGAACGAUGUAAACUCAGGCCAGGGGAGUAACAGAUCCAGGGAGGAAAAUAUCCUAUUGAAGUGAUAUCCUUAGGAUGACAAAGUGAGGAAGACAGGGCACAGCUAAGGAAAUGUGACAUGCUACAUUUCCCCAGAGAUACAUUACAUCUGGAUCUUGGCCUAGCCUUCUUCCUUCAGUAGAGUAUAAUAGAUUGGUGAAAGCAUGUCAUAAAGCUUAAAGGACCGGCCUAUUUGAAUCUAUUUAAAGGGUCAGAGAUAUUGAUAAUAAACAGAAGCUACCUAAGACAGUAAAAAAUAUUCCACAGCCACCUUCUAAAUAUCAUCAUGCUGGUGAGAGGAGCAUUUACUGGUUAAUGAAUAGCCACAUGUAAAAAGUGGUAAAACCUUUGGCUGCUAUUGUAAACCUGCAGCAUAACCCAUUAUACUUGCUUUUUGAUCAAAUUGUUGUAUUAUAUGUAAGUAUGUGCAGUAAGCAUAAUAAAGUAAUAUUCAUUUCUAGAAGACCAGUGGGAAGGAAGAUGGCAAAUGACCAUGUCUGCUGAGUGUGUGCGCAUGUCUGCGUGAUCAUACCACCCCGCAUGUGCUUACACACCUCCUCAUGUGAUGCCUCCUUAUCUUCUCACCCUGUGGGAAAUGGAAAUACUCUCAGUAGAGUAAGCACCAAUAAGAGUAUAACAGUAGAUUUUUCUGCUUCAGAUAGGGAGAGGCUGUAGCAGAAAAGCUUUGCAUGCAAGUUAAGGUCCAUGAUAAAGUACUUUAGGAGAUGCCAGAGUACAAUGUGCUGUGCAUGAGUAGCGUUAAGAGGACUAUGGGAUCAAUCAAGAAGAAAACGGAAAGUUUCAAACCUGAAGGAGGACAGUGUGGUCACAAGGUGAGACCUGCACUCAUCUGCUCUGGUAAAAAAACGCCUUCUCAAACCUCAUUCAAGGUGGCCAGAAACUUCUCCAAAUCUCUCUUGCAACAUUAGUGAAAGUGAGUGAGUGUGUGCAUGCCACUGCCAUUUGCUGCUGUGUUUCUGAUUCCCACUGGUUGAACUAACAUAAUAAAAAAAAUGUACUGGGAAAAAAA